CGUUUGUUCCCUCCAUCCUGAACGCAGGUGGAAAACAUCGAGCAGAAGCACUGUUCGCACAUGCCGAUCUCAGCCAUUUUCUGUGAUGUGCGACGAAUCGAACAACAGAAAAGGAAAUAAAGAAUUUGUCAUCCUAACUAGACUCUACGAUGAGGCCACUCUGCAGGUCGUUACAAGAUUCAUGGAGAUGCCUGUAUGCAACGUGGGAAAUGCAGAAAAUCUGUAUGAAAAACUGAGUGAAGCACUAAGAAAAAGGGGCAUCCCAUGGAAGAACCUGAUAGCCUUUAACUCUGAUAAUGCGAGCGUCAUGAAAAGCAGACACAACUCUGUUAUCAGCAGAUUGAAACAGAACCAGCCCCACGUCCAGGACCUCGGCUGCAUCUGCCACCUGGCACAGCUGGCCACUGGCUGUGGCAUCAGAGCAGCCCAGUGCAAAAAGAUGUGAACUCUACAAAGGGUUUGUAGAUUUCACUGAUUCAGACCACCUGGAGCUCUUCAGGUACUGCAGCACCAGAUGGCUGAGUCUGCUAACCUGCAUCCAGAGAGUGUUGAACCAGUGGGAUGCACUGCAGGUAAGGAUGGUAACUCCAGCAGAUAUAUACACAGUUAACUAUGCUAGAUUUCCAUUUUAACCAUGAAUUGCCACCCUGUGUCCAUAUGUACUGUAGGCCUACUUUAACAGUCAUGAGGAGGUGGAGAGGAGUGCCAAAGUGCGCGAUCUAGCAAGCCAUCUGCGUGAUCCAAUCGUGAAGGCUUACUUCAUGUUCCUGAGAGCUGCCCUUAAGCCUUUAUAUGAAUUUAAUAUUGUCUUCCAGUCAGAGGCCGUGCAGAUUCCUCUGCAAGAGGAUCCUGGGGUUCCUCAUACCAGCAUCGUGGGUGUACCUCUCAAGGAGGUGGAGUAUGGAGAAGGACAUCAGUUGGCUGAUGAAGAGCUCUUUAUAGGAGCAGAAACAAAGGCAUUCAUGGCAAGGAAAGAGCUCCCUGUGUCAGCGGAGAAGAAAAUCUUUCAAUCUGUGAGAAGAUUCUAUGAAGCAGUGCUUCAGAAGAUGUUCUCCUUUCCUCUUGACCAUCCACUCCUGAAGGACAUGAAAGUGCUGGACCCUGCUGCUCGCCUUGACAUUACUCCAGGGACAGUGGCAAGGCUAGGGGCCCUUUUCCCUCAGUUGAUCUUGAGUGAGGAUAGGCUGAGAGAGGAACUCAUUGACUACCAGGUGACAGAUAGCAAGCAUCUCCCACAAGAAGACAAAACUGACAGAUUCUGGGGUCUGGUAGGGAAAGAUGUGAGGUUCAGUGAGCUGCCAAGAUUAAUGAAGGCUUUACUAUGCAUUCCCCACAGCAAUGCCAGUUCUGAAAGAGUGUUCAGUAUGGUAAGAAAGAUUGUUACAGAGAAUAGGAUGUCAUUAGACAACAGCACGGUUUGUGCUUUACUGUCAUGUAAAAUCAACCACUCUGGCCCAGGCCACAAAUACACUCCAUCCAAACGAGUCUUAAAGGAUGCAAAGUCUGCAACAAAUCUGUAUAAUAAGUCUUUAGUGAAUGCCAGAGAGCCACCUGAGUGAACAUGAGAAAUUUAAAUAAAAUGUGUAAUGAAGACAAAAUGUAAAUGUUUAACCUAAAGACAAGCAAUGUAUAUAUAAACUGAAAAUGUGUUAAAUAAAUAAAUGUGCUUGAACCCC